UUGUUCGCAAACAUACAAACCAACGGAGACUACACAGACUACGGCCUUUUCCCGAGAUGGCUCGCCCAUUGUGCCGGUGUCAGUGUGAUAUUUUAUAGAAAAGGAAUGCUUCGUGUGUGUUCUUUACGGAGUAGUCGACACUGUUGGUGGUAUUCUGACAGACAAUGUGUUCGUUGGGAGCUCUCCUCGUUGCGCUAAUCGGGAUGGGGACGACGGGAGGUCCUGUUGGAGAAGUGAGAUGAUUUCGAAAUAUUAGCGAAAACAGCACAAUUUCCGAUACGAAAUGCUCAUAUGAACAAAGUAAAUGUCCACGGGAUGCUCUACGGUCACUCUAUCGAGAAUAAAACGACAAACCGGUGUUCUACACCGACCCCACUACAAACCUAUCUUAAACUGAAGAAUGUGAUAUAAAACAAUCCAACAAGCGGAGAAAAACUCCUUCCGUCUGGCAAAAACAGCAUUCACGUGUUAAAUCAUCAUUCCUUUCGCAGGAAAGCGUGGACCUGGCCGAACCGCAGUUUUGGUGGUUACCAUUUCGUCACUCCUUGCUUGCGGUCUUGAGAAAUAAGCUGUUGUGGCAUUAGUAAAAGAGUGCGGAGUGCUUCAUGUGGCCGGCCCCUCCUGGAACGGCUAAAAUAUCAAUCAUCCUGUUCUCCCCUAUUCAGUCUACCAUUUGCCAACUGCACCACUUAUUAAUCUCAUAAUUGUGUUAACAGCUUUAAUUGGGGAGGUUUAAGCAAUAAACGAUACAUUUUUGAGCAUCGGGCACGUCGGUACUGCCAUCCUAUUUAUAGUUGCGUAAUACUUUCUUGUAACGGAAGUUGUUGUUACAAUCUGAGGUCAUAAGAGACGAUCUAGACAAAAGUACUGACUGAACUUCUGUUUUUUUACGGACACGAAGAAUGUCUGUCAUUAAUGGUCUCCUCCAGAAAGGAGAUGCCGGUGCUAAUGCCCGCAAGCUUAAUCAGCAGAUUGAAAAGCAAAUUGCGACUCAAGCUCGAGAACGAAAGGAGGUUUACAAGAUUCUGCUUCUGGGUGCAUCUGACAGUGGUAAAAGUACCAUUACAAAGCAGAUGAAAAUCCUGAACCAGAGUGGUUUUAGUAAACAGGAAUUGGUAGAUGUCCGCCCCGUGAUUCAUAGGAACUUGUAUGACAGUGCCCUCUUACUCGUUUCGCUUGUUAGACAACAAGGCAUAAAACUAGAUCCUUUGAAUUCGAGGAACUGUUCCAUCGUUACGUCCGCUCCCGCUGCAAGUCUAACCGUGCAUCUCUCGCCUGAGUUUGGAAAGGCUGUUUACGACCUAUGGAAUAUCACGGCCAUUAAGUCACUUAUCUACAAAUUCGCUUCUAACUUCCUUGAUUCUGCGCCAUACUUUUUCCAGCGUGCUUCGGAAAUUUGUCAACCUGACUACGUGCCCUCUGUGAGUGAUGUACUUCACUCGCGUAGUACGACACAAGGAAUCUCGGAAAUGAGGUUCAACUUGGACAACCUGAAGAUUCAUAUGUUUGAUGUGGGCGGACAGCGCAGCGAGCGCAGGAAAUGGAUUUUCUGUUUUGAGAAUGUGCACACGAUCAUCUUUUGUGUCUCCCUAAACGACUAUGAUAAGAAAAUGAGUGAAGGCAAUGCACGUAAUCAAAACAAGUUGAUGGAGAGUGUGGCUCUUUUUGAUUCUAUUCUAAACAGUCCGUGGUUCUCCAACUCGUCCAUUAUUUUAUUUUUAAACAAAUUCGAUUUAUUUCGGCAAAAGCUGGAUCAUGUUCCGUUUAAUGAGCAUUUCCCUGACUAUAAUGGAAAGAACAAUGUGAAACAAGUGAUUCGCUACAUUCUGUGGCUCUUUAUAAAUCCUAAUGUGAACCGAAUGCGACAUAAUAUCUAUCCUCAUGUCACAACUGCCGUUGAUACGUCGAAUAUUCGUGUUGUUUUUAAUGCUGUAAAGGAGACUAUCCUACAACACAGUCUAAAGCAAGUUGGCAUCUGUUAAAAGCAGUCUUUACGGGGCCUGUUCAUCCGUGUCCUGAUUCUGUUCAUUCCGUUUUUUUGACUGCUGGCUUUAUGUUACUGAAUGCCUUGAUGAUGACAAUGAGUACUAACGCUAUUCAAUCUUGAAGUUUAAUUAUGACCAUGAUGCUUGCUGUAUUCGAAUAAGGGUGACAUGCUUUGGUCAUGAUGAACUAUUACGUGGAGGCGGUUCUUCUUUGAUAUUUUAAGCAGAACCAACAUCUUCUUUUGUUUUUGUUUUUUUUUUGAUGUUUUAUAAUACGACCCUUUCAGGUCGCUUCGUGUUUUGAUUAUCUAUUUACCCAACUUUAGGGUUUCAUAUUACUUACUACUUUUCCGCUGAUCGCUUCAGUACUGCCCGUUCCCUAAAUUGGUCAGCUUUUGCAUUUCAUCUGUUUUUUUUUUACUCACUUGGUGAGACUAUUGGAAUAAUUAUCGAUUUCCCUCUGAAGGUUGAAAUCCAUUACGCUUUAUUCCGUCUCACUACUCCCAAUAGCUUACACUUAACGAUUCUAUCUGUAUCGUUUGUUAUCAACUGCCAAUUACUUUUAUCUAGGCUCGAAAGUUCCGGCCUUGGCAUUUUAUGAUGUUGUGUUUGGAACAGCUUACCAGGCGUUCAUUGACCCUAAAGUUAUGAAUAGAAGAGCCUCAGUUUUUGUUAUUAUAAUUCGGCUAUGUAUACUAUUUCUUUAUAUACUCCAAUAAAACGCGUUUCAGUGUUUGCCA